AUGGUCCUCCCCAUUGGUGACAAAAGGAACAAACACAGGAAGAUCAUUGGAGGCAAAGAGGCCAGGCCCCAUUCUUACCCCUACAUGGCGUAUCUUCUGAUCCAGAGUCCAGAAAGGCUGAGCUCUUGUGGAGGAUUCCUCGUGCGAGAAGACUUUGUGAUGACAGCAGCUCACUGCUGGGGAAGUUCCAUUAAUGUCACUUUGGGUGCCCACAACAUCCAGAGGCGAGAAAGGACCCAGCAACGCAUAACUGUGCUCAGAGCCAUCCGCCACCCUGAUUAUGAUCCACAGAACAUAGUGAAUGAUAUCAUGUUACUGCAGCUGAAAAGAAGAAUCAGGCAGAAUCAUGUCGUGAGGCCAGUAGCUCUGCCUCAGGCUGGGGAGAGUCUAAAGCCUGGGACCUUGUGCACAGUGGCCGGCUGGGGCCGGGUAAGCCUGAACAGGAGAACAGAUGUACUCCAGGAGGUACAGCUAAGAGUGCAAAGAAGCCAAAAGUGCAGCAAUCGCUUCAGCUUCUACACCAGCCAGACUCAGAUUUGUGUGGGGAACCCAAGAGAGAGGAAGUCUGCCUUCAGGGGUGACUCUGGUGGCCCCCUGGUGUGCAACAAUGUGGCCCAGGGCAUUGUGUCCUAUGGAGACACCAAUGGGAUUCCUCCAGCAGUAUUCACCAGGAUUGAGAGUUUCCUACCCUGGGUAAAGACAAUAUUGAGACGCUUCAAACCACAGAGAUCAGAAUGA